UACUGGCAAUUUCCAACAACGGCAUCAAUUCACCACUUGCAAUCUCAGAGUGCAAACGUGUUCUAACCAACCCAAAACCAACCAACCCAACCAAAUCAACCAUGAAGUCCUUCAUUGCUCUGUUCGUCGUCCUGGCCAUCGCCGCCGUCUACGGUGCCGAGUCGGAGUCGAAGGUGACGGAGAAGCGUGGCAUCUACAGCGGUCUCGGCUACGGCUACAACGGCUACCCCGGUCUGGCCGGCCACGGCUACUACGGCGGUGUCGGCGCUCUCGGAUACGGCCACGGGCUGGGCUACGGAUCGCAGCUGGGCUACUACGGAUCGUACCCGGGAUACGGAUACGGUUCGCACGCCGGUUACCUGGGCGGCUACUCCGGCUACUCCGGCUACUCGGGCUACCCGUACGGUCUGGGCUACGGACUCCACUAAGCGUCCUUUACGUACUCCCCUCAUCGAUCCACCCGUUCGUGCGCCGUGGUGCAGUGAUGCAGUGAAACAGUGCAGUGAAGUUUCCUCAAAACGUGUGUAAGCGUGUGCAGUGCAUGAAUGUGUGAGUCGUGAGAAUAAUUCGAUCGGUCAGUGCGAUCGCGACUUGCGCCAUGUUCCUCAAGCUGCUGUUCAUUGCCGCCGAAGAUGCACGUGCACUGUGUCCUGUACCGGGGGGGGGGGGG